AUGGUAGAACGAGCCUGGUCCCUCCCUUUGACGGACAUCCCCAGGGAGGGGCACGGUUGCUCCCUGACAGGUUCAGACAGGCAGAGAGAGCCCCGCGGCUGUGAGAAAGCUGAAGCUUCCUUCCCCCUUCCUGCCUGCCCUCUGCGCACCCUCCCUGCUGCCCCCAGCUGAUGAAGUGCUCGUGGAGGACCGUGAUGGCAGCAGAAGAGGCUUCAAGCUGCCAGGUUCCCCGCCGGCCCUGGGCAUCCAUCCUGAGGAUGACUAUCCCAGUGCUUAUUAGCACGGGCACAUGCUACCUCAUCUGCAAUCUGUGCUUCAGCCGGCAGCAGCAGCAGCUGGACUCAACCAGGUGGGACUUAGCAGAGCUCCAGCUGAAUCACACAGGGUCGCGGCAGGACCCCAGGCUGCACUGGCAGGGGAGCCCCGCCCUGGGACGCUCCUUCCUGCAAGGGCCAGAGCUGGACGACAACGGGCAGCUGCGGAUCCAACGUGAUGGCAUUUAUAGGCUGCACAUCCAGGUGACAUUAGCCAACUGCUCCUCCUCCACGUGGACUGCCGAGCCCCAGAGAGCCACGCUGAAGGUGGCCAUCUGCUCCCCUGCCGCCCACAGCAUCAGCCUGCUACGCCUCAGCUUCCACCGCGGAGGCUGCUGGGUCGCCUCCCAGCGCCUCACCUUCCUGGCUCGUGGGGACAUUCUCUGCACCAACCUUACUCUGCCUCUGUUGCCUUCCAGAAACGCUGAUGAGACUUUUUUUGGUAUUCAGUGGGUGGGCCCUUGA